AUGGACAACUUUACCGACGACCUCCUCUUCAACGCCGUCCAGACCGACGAUGACGCCACCGGGAGCACUCACACCGAUGCCGAUGCGCAGAACAUCUCCUCGCCAGAGCAGGUGAAGAAGGAGAAGACCAAGGGGCGCAGAUGGCGCGGUCUGUCUGCGCUCUCGGCUUCAGCCAAUAUGCAAGACAAGAUGCUAGAAAAACUCCUCUCCUCGAUGAUGCCGACCGACCUCGCUCCCGGCGGAGAGACCCAGAACACACCCAUCCCCACCGACUCCUUCAGCAGCUAUGAGGCCUCACGCCCGCCCUUCACCCUGCCCACUAUGUCCAACAACUUCCGCCGCUUCAACGCCCGCAUCGGCGUCGUCUUCAAGUUCCAGUCGCGCGCCAUCAAGCUGCUCUCCUGGCGCCGCCCGAGCCACACCCUCUCCUUCCUCGCCGUCUACACCCUCGUGUGCCUCGACCCCUACCUGCUCACCGUCCUCCCCAUGGCCCUGCUGCUCGUCGGCGUCUUCAUCCCCUCCUUCAUGGCCAGGCACCCGCCCGAGGUCAGGGAGCUGGGCUACAGCCCGCACGGCCCGCCGCGCGCCCCGGCCAGGACGGUCAAGCCGGUCAAGGAGCUCAGUCGCGACUUCUUCAAGAAUAUGCGCGACCUGCAGAACAGCAUGGAGGACUUCUCGCGCGGCCACGACCAGAUCGUCACGGGGCUCGUGCCCAAGACAAACUUCAGCGACGAGGCCCUCAGCUCCGCCCUCUUCGUCGGCCUCUUCGCCGUCACCCUCUUCAUGACCAUCGCAUCACACCUCCUGCCCUGGCGCGCCAUCGCCCUCUGCGGCGGCUGGGCCGUCGUCGUAUCGUCCCACCCGGCCGUGGCAAAGGCACUGCAGGACCAGCAGCGGGCCUACUUCGCACCCGGCGGCGAGGCGGACCGGCAGGGCGAGCGGGCGCAGACGGCCCUCGAGGCCUUUGUCGCGCGCGACAUCAUCCUCGACAGUGCCCCCGAGACCCGCGAGGUCGAGAUCUUCGAGCUGCAGCACCUGGACGCCGCGGGCGGGUCGGGCGAGUGGGAUCCCUGGGUGUUCUCCCCGUCGCCCUACGACCCGCUCUCGCAGGCGCGAAUCACCGGCGAGCGGCCUUCGGGGACGCGCUUCUUCGAGGACGUCCGCGCGCCCGAGGGCUGGGAGUGGAGCGAGAAGAAGUGGGCGCUGGACCUGUGGUCUCGCGAGUGGGUCGAGGAGCGCAUCAUCACGGGCGUCGAGGUCGAGACCGAGGGGGAGCGGUGGGUCUAUGACAUGUAUGACGAGAGCGAGGGGGCGUCUGGCGUGCGGGAGGAGCAGCAGGAUGGGAGUGAGGGGGCUAACUUGCUUAGGAGGAAGAACCUUAGCUGGGAGGAGGGCGAGGAGGGUGAGGGGAGACGCGGGGAGUGGAGGCGAAGGAGAUGGGUUAGGUUGGUUAGGAGGAAGGCUCAGGCUGCGGCUGCUUGA